CGGCGGAGAGCCUGGAUUGUUUACCAAAACAAAAAAAAAAAAGGAACCAAGAAGCGGAAAAAAGUCCAUCUGCAUCUGGCCGCCCUCCGACCCUCUCUCCCCCUUCACCGUCCUCAGACAACCCCAACUUAAAUCCUCACCACUACCUUCCUUCCUCCAUCCCUCUUGGCACUGAUUACUACUUUCUCUCCGACAAAAUGGAGCCGCGAACGGCGGAAAGUCCGAUGGACUUCGAGUGGCAGUCCAAACCUCCCGGAGAUGUGACGUCGCCUUUUUACCAGGUCGGCAUGAAGCAUGACAACCAACGAAAACGCCCUCACAGUAUUUUCGACUCCCCUGGAAAGAAGUCCUUACCUGCCCUCCGAGAGCCGAAUUCGCAGCCCUACCUCUUUUCUCAACCUAGAACCCAGCAGCCACCAGGCACCCCUAAGCCCGCCUUCAGCCACGCAGCUUUCAUGACCCCUCGCAAAUUCGAUGUCGACUUCUCCUCCGGCGCCGAAAACAUGUCCUCCCCCGAGCACGCCGACAACGAAGACACUCCCGAUCAACCUACGAAGUCAGGACACCGCAACUCGUUGUACAGCAUGUACGGUCGGUUUGCGCCUAGCCCCGGACGCGGAGAAAUCCCUCGCGUGAGCCACUACUCGAACGCACUGGCGCGACGUGUUCAGAAGAGACGUCGCAGGGACAAGGCGCUAGAUGUACAGUUGAAGAAGGAGGACAGUGAUGACGAGAGUGACAAUCCGGAUGCGGGACCUCUGAAGAGUACAAAGACACGGCAAGACCAAACACAGCCGGAAGGCCAAUCUGGAUCGCGUUUGGCCUCGUUCUCCGACUUCUUUGCCCUACUGGAAGCACACCCAAAUAUCCCGAGCAUUCUCUCGUGGUGGGCGCAGUUGGUGGUGAACCUUUCGUUAUUCUCGCUUGCUGUCUACGUGGUUUUUGGCUUCGUUUCUGCUAUCCGCGCCGAGUUUGAUCAGGCGGCUGAAGAGGUGUCGGACACAAUUCUAGCGGAGAUGGCGGCGUGUGCGAAGAGCUACGUGGACAAUCGAUGCGCCGGCGGCGAUCGCCUUCCAGCGCUGGAGACCGUGUGUGAGAAUUGGGAACGGUGCAUGAAUCGGGACCCGGCCAAGGUUGGCCGUGCCAAAGUGUCGGCGCAUACGAUGGCAGUGAUCAUCAACAGCUUUAUUGAUCCUAUCAGUUGGAAAGCGAUUUUGUUCUUCCUAGCUACGAUUUCGACCGUCACCGUUGUCAGUAACUGGUCCUUCCGAUCCUUCCGCAACCGCUACAAUCAACAUGAUUACUCUCAUCCUGCCCCAGCUUUCACCAGACAGGCCUCCGGUCAGCACCAUCCGCCGAUUGCUCAAUCGCAAUACUCCUACCAGCAUGACCCAGGUUACGGGUACAUGGGCCCUCAGGGUCAGGGGUCAGCCUCCGGCUUUGAAAAACAGGAUGCACCCCUGCUUCUGGAACAACCGCAAGGAAAGGAAUUUGCGACCGAACGGGGCCGUAGCCGGGAUACCCGCUUACGCACCCCAAGUCCCGUCAAACGAUUGCUGUGAGCUGUUUAUUAGCUUGUCACCCUCGGCUUCCUCAUGUGGCCUUAUGUGGUUGUAUCUUAGGUUUUUCUCUUAAUUGCAUCUGCCGGUGGCAACGGAGUUCGAGCUGUUAUCGGUAGCAAAACAAUAUGUUAGGUGUUCAGUGCAUGUGUCCCGGCUGGGCCUGGAGUUUGGAUAAGGAGAUUGUGUACAUAUCUGAUGUGUUUGAACCGUGAUCCAAUAUAAUUUGUAUUUUACCAAGUGGU